UUUGGCUUGAACACAAAACCAGAAUACUACCUAUAUCUUUCUCACUACUUUCUGGGUUACUGAAGAUGGCCUUUACAAGUAAACUCCCCACCUUCUUCCUCCUCUAUUCUGCUCUCCUCUUCACCUUCACCCAUGCAGCCCAAUUUGAAAUCCGAAACCAAUGCGCCUACACAGUCUGGGCCGCUGCUUCCCCGGGUGGUGGCAGGCGGCUUGAACGAGGCCAGUCAUGGACCAUCAACGUACCUGCCGGCACAAAGGGAGCUCGCAUUUGGGGCCGCACCAACUGCAACUUCGACGCAAACGGCCGGGGACGGUGUCAGACCGGUGACUGUGGUGGGGUACUACAAUGCCAAGGUUAUGGUGUCCCACCCAACACCUUAGCUGAAUACGCAUUGAAUCAAUACAAUAACUUGGAUUUCUUCGACAUCUCCCUGGUAGAUGGAUUUAACAUCCCCAUGGACUUCAGCCCUACCAGUGGCAACUGCCGGGGAAUCAAAUGCUCAGCUGAUAUCGUGGGGCAGUGCCCAGCUGAACUUAGGGCCCCCGGAGGCUGUAACAAUCCAUGUACCGUAUACAAGACGGAUCAAUACUGUUGCAACUCCGGGAACUGUGGACCGACUCCCUUGUCCAGGUUCUUCAAGGAUAGGUGCCCCACUUCGUACAGUUACCCCAAGGAUGACCCUACAAGCACUUUCACCUGCCCUGGUGGUACUAACUACAGGGUUGUAUUUUGCCCAUGAGCCCCUCUUAAUGAAGGUGUGUCUUAAUAAAUAGCAUCUUAAUUUGAAUCCGCCUGUAGCUCUGUAAGGAUUCAAAGAAUAAGUAUGACGAAAUAAAACUUCGACACGCACGUUUCAUGUGUACUUGUUUUGUUGUUAAA